CACCUCUAUGACCCCCCCACACCCCACCACUCCCCACUCCCACCCUGCGCGGAUCUCUCACCCCGACACACACACACACACAAACACACACACCAGAUAGCUCUCACCACGCCCACUGUUAUGCUAUUGGGUCCCUGACUAGACUGCGCACCAAUGAGGCCCCCCGCGCUAGCCUGGUCCCCGCCCUCAAGUUCGCGCGCACCUCGGCCGCAGACGGGGUGGCGGGCGCUGUGGCCACGCCUAACCCCUACGAAGGUUUAUGUCUGGAAUAUGUGUGCGGUAUUGAAAAGUUUCUGUUAGUGGAAGAGUCUUUACUAUUCACAGCCGCCACUACCACCACCACCACCACCCCUUCAUCCCAGGCAGCAGGCACUUCACGCCCCCCAGCUGCCCCGAGAUGGCGUUUCCGGGGUUCGGGGGGCCAUGCGGGGCUGGGGGCUCGGCGGGCAUGUACCUCAAAUCGUCCCCGUACUCCAUGAACGGGCUGGGGCUGGCCAUGACGGGGGUGGACAGCCUGCACUCUUCCAUGGGAUAUCCCACGCCGAACGAUUACCUCUAUGGUACCCCGACCAGGAAGCAGAGACGGGAGCGGACAACAUUCACGAGGGCCCAACUUGACGUCCUGGAGUCCCUGUUUGCCAAGACGCGCUACCCUGAUAUCUUUAUGCGCGAGGAGGUGGCUAUCAAGAUCAACCUGCCGGAGAGUCGGGUCCAGGUGUGGUUCAAGAACAGACGCGCUAAGUGCCGGCAACAACAGAAGCAACAGGCCGCGGGGGGGGAGAAAAGCCCCAGGGGUAAAAAGUCAGCCAAGACUCCCCCGCCCCCCUCCUCCACCACGGCUCCCCCCUCAGGCCAGACCACGCCGGGGGGGGCCGCAUCUCCUACCCCUGGGGGCGGCGGGGGGCAUAGGGACGCCUCCCCACCAUCUCCCCCUCCGUCAGUCUCCUCCGCUCCCCCUCUCUCCCUGCCCCCCUCCGCUUCCACCCCCUCCUACAACCCUAUCUGGUCCCCCGCCACUAUCCCCCCCUCGUCCUCGUCCAUCCCCCCCAUGGGCGAGCUGAUGACUCCCCCGUGCCUGGAGCGAGGGGGGUACGGGGGGGUUGGGGUGAGCCAGCAGGCGGCGGCGGCGGCGGCGUGCUACCAGGGCUACGCAGGGCCGGCCUACUAUUCCAACAUGGACUAUUUGGCGCCCAUGACACACUCGCAGAUCAACGUGCCGGUCAGUUCCAUGGCAUCCCUGAACCACAUGGGAGGAAGCGGGGGAGCCCAGCAGAUGUCGGGGGGGUCACACUCCUCCCUGGUGACCUCCGGGGGGGCGCUGGGGGGGGCGGGGCAGUCCUCCCUCAGCCCCCGCACCCCCCCCAGCCUCAACUCCCUUACCCCCCUCCCCCCGGACUGCCUAGAAUAUGGGGACAAAAAUUCGACUGCAGCGUCCUGGAAAUCGUACCAGAGCUUCCAGGUUUUGUGAAUGUUAAAUGGAGCUGAUGAUGGCGAUGAUAGGAGGUGAUUGGGAGGUUUGGAGACAGGUGUGGAGCAGGUGUGGACAGGUGUGGGUUGGAUUUUCAGGUGUGGGUAACAAUGACAGAUAUGCAUGGUUGAAAUUCAUAUACGAAAGUUGAUUAAAAAAUGGUGAAUUGAUGAUAAGGUUUGAUUAGCAGGUUUGGAACAGGUGUGGACAGGUGUGGGUUGGAUUUUCAAGUGUGGGUAACAAUGACAGAUGUGCAUGGUUGAAAUUCAUAGAGGAAAGUUGAUAAAAAAGAAUGGUAAAUUGAUUAUAAGGGUUGAUUAAGCAGGUAUGGAGCAGGUGUGGACAGGUGUGGGGUAUUAGCAGGUGUGGGCAGACUACUAACAGAUGUGUAAUUAUGGUUGAGUAUAAAAAAGAUAGAAAGAUUGAAAAUAAAGAUGAUGGCAAGGGUUGAUUAGGACAGGUUUGGAACAGGUUUGGAGCAGGUGUGGACAGGUGUGGGGUAUUAGCAGAUGUGUAAUUAUGGUUGAAUAUAGAAAAAAAGAUUGAGAGAUUGAAAACAGAGAUAAUAGCAAGGGUUUAUUAGGACAGGUUUGGAACAGGCUUGGAACAGGUUUGGAGCAGGUGUGGACAGUCUUGGGGCAUUAGCAGAUGUGUAAUUAUGACUGAGUAUCAAAAAAAAAAGAAAGAUUGAAAAUAGAGAUGAUAGCAAGGGUUGAUUGGGACAGGUUUGGAACAGGUGUGGAGCAGGUUAAAGACAAGUGUGGCAAUACUAAUAACAGAUGUGUAAUUCAGCUUAACUUCAGGUGUGUUGUAGACUGAUUACAUAUGUGUUACCGACGGUGUGAACAGGUGUGGCUUGGGGUUAAUUACAGGUGUGGGUGAAGUUCUAAUUAUGGUUAACUUCAGAUGUGGUUGAAUGAUGACAGAUGUGGUUAGCUAAUGACAGGUGUGUUUAGCUGAUAUCAGGUGUGUGUGGAGGUCAGGUGUGUUUAGCUAAUAUCAAGUGUUUUGAAGGUCAUUAGCAGGUGUGGUUAGCUAAUAUCAGGUGUGUUUUGAAGGUCAUUAACAGGUGUGGUAAGCUAAAUUAAUAGGCCUAAGCAUUUAAAGGGUGGUGACGUGAGAUUAGGUGUGGGUAAUUACAGGUGUGGGAAGAACAGGUGUGUGGGAGUUUGGAAAUUAGUGAGACCAUUAUAAGAUUUGGUUAGGUGAUUAUCGCAGGUGUGGGUAAUUACAGGUGUGGGAAGAACAGGUGUGGGAGUUUGGAAAUUAGUGAGACCAUUAUAAGAUUUGAUUAGGUGAUUAUCGCAGGUGUGGGAAGAACAGGUGUGGGAGUUUGGUAGUGAGACCAUUAUAAGAUUUGGUUAGGCAAUUAUCGCAGGUGUGGGUAUUUACAGGUGUGGGGAAAGACAGGUGUGGGAGUUUGAUUUUUAGCGAUCAUUUUAUUUCCUAUUUCCAAUCUUUUCCUUCUCUUCCUUUCUCUCUUUCUCUAAUAUGUGGGUUUUUUCUCUAUAUUUAUCUUCUUCUGUCUCUCGUUCUUCCUCCUCCUCCUCCUCCUCCUCCUCCUCCUUUCUUCCUGUCUCUUCCAUAUGAAUUAUAAUUAUUUUUUUUAUUUUCUCUUUUUCCAAUAUUCGUUUCCUUCUCUUCCUUUCUCUCUUUCUCUAAUAUGUGGUUUUUUUUCUUUAUUUCUCUUCUUAUGUCUAACUUACUUCUGCUUCUUGUUCUUCCUCCUCCUUCUCCUCCUCCUCCUCCUCCUCCUCCUCCUCUCUUUUUCCAAUCUUCGUUUUCUUCCUUCCUUCCUUUCUCUACUUUUCUAAUACGUGUUUUUUUUGUGUUUAUUUCUAUUCUUUUGUCUAACUUACUUAUGUUUCUCGUUCUUCUUCCUCCUCCUCCUCCUCCUCCUCCUCCUCCUCCUCCUCCUAACUGACUCCUUUCCAAUCUUCGCUUCCUUCCUUCCUUUCUCUCCUUUACGAAUAUGUUGUUGUUGUUUUGUUUUGUUUAUUUCUCUUCUUCUGUCCAAUUUAAUUCUGUUUCUCGUUCUUCCUCCUCCUCCUCCUCCUCCUCCUCCUAACUGACUCCCUUCUCCCUGUCUCUUCCAUACAAUUAGGCCUAUUAACAUAAUUUUUUGUUUAGGGCGAUGGGUCUCAGUGAACGAUAGACAUAGAAGAGAAAUUGAAAGAAAGAAAGAUAUGGACAAAGAAGAGAAGAAGAGGAGGAAAUAACUUGAAAGGGAGAAAAAAAAGAGAGAAAAUGUGAGAAUAUAAAGAGAGAAAUAAAAGGAGAGAAAGAGAUAAAGUUAGAGAUAGAGAAAAUUAAAGAGAGAGAGAGAGAUAGAGAUAGUUAUGUAAGUAGUUUUUCACACACAAGUAUGUACGUAUUUUUCCCUCAUGAGCUGACCAAAGAAUCACACACACACACACACACACACACACACACACACACACACAAGGUUUUAGAAAGAGAUCAUGUCUAACCAACACACACACACACACACACACACACACACACACACACACACACACACA